CUGCCAAUGAGUUGUUGUUGAUGAUGAUGAUGAUGUUGACCAUGGUGAGUUUGCACAGCUCUGUCCAGGGAAUCACCCACGCGGACAACAAAAACCCAUCCCAUGAAGGAUGGGAUCGCCAGAUCGUCCUGUCUAGUUUGGGCCCUAAAGUCCUGGAUUACCCGAUAAAGCACAACCCCGGGUCUUGUCAGUGGUUAGCGGGUAAGACGUGAUAUGUAGGGUGAGUGCGUGAGAAGGAG